GAGUGGCCAGCGCUAGAAGGACAAACUCAUCGCCCGCACCCGCGGAGUUUUGCCUAGUGAAACUACAGUGGUGCCCAAAGUGAAUGGGAAAGUCGCCAGCACGCGGAAAACGGACACAUUUGCUGGUCGGACAGAUUUUCAUCGGGCGGACGGCAGUCGAACUACUUUGUCUCGGCAGAUAUAAUCAUCGAUCGAUAAGGGAAAAGCAUUGGUUCCGCAUCCGGUGGUGUGCUUCAUCGAGAUAAGGUGCAAUCGGAAGUGUCGUGUGGGAACUUGCGACUAGUGAGCGUUGUCGUCACAGGCAGAAAACUAUCGUUGAUGAUCGAUUGGACUAUCUAGAAAAUCAUGAGCUUCGUGAGAAGGAAAACUAGACUUGCUCAUACGACCGAUCAUCAUGCGACGAUCUAUUUUCCGACUGUUCAUCAAGAAUAGGCGCCCCACGGAGUGAACGACGAUUAAACGAGGCGCGGUGCUCAGAUUCUGUGAAAGCCAGUGAAAGUUACGACAGUUCCGGCCAAUGCUACUAGCGCUCUUGAUGCUAACGUGAAAACAAUCUAAAACGUGAACAGUUGGAUGGUGCUACUGGUGUGCGCAAAGAGUUUGUUGCCGAUUGGAAAUCAAAGCGCCACGGAACCGUCAACCAUGGUAACGUCGGUGUGAGAGUGUAGUGCUGGCAUUGUUCCACUCACAGAUCGUCGGUCGCGGUUUGCAACGCGAUGUGCACGGUUAGAUCGCAGUUAGGCCCUCAGUUACAUUCGCACAGGUCAAUCUUUGACCUCUGAAUCUGGCAGUGGUGUGCAUUUGGCUUCUAGUGCGUCUUCUGUGCGGCUGAUCAGUCAACUUAAGAGCGUAUUGUUUCCCGUCACCCGUUGCCAAAGCUCAUCACGAUCGUUGUGAAAGUCAUUGUGGAAGCACGAAGCUGGACAUUUUUACGUUGGGAGAACGUGGAGCAACAAAGCAACCCACUAAAACAAUCAACGGUCAGCGGACGAUAGUUUUCUCGACGAAGAACAUUGUAGACGUUGGUCUACCAGAAAGGUCCGUCAAAAUGAAUCGGGUAUCGACACAAAAGAAGGAAGGCAAGAUGAGGAUCCGUGCCUUUCCGAUGACGAUGGACGAAAAGUAUGUGGAGUCGAUAUGGACCCUGCUGAAGAACGCAAUACAGGAGAUCCAGAAGAAGAACAACUCUGGCCUUUCUUUUGAGGAACUAUACCGGAACGCCUAUACGAUGGUGCUGCAUAAGCAUGGUGAGCGGCUGUACACUGGCCUCAAAGAAGUCGUCACGCACCAUCUGGAAACGAAGGUACGCGAGGAAGUGCUGCGCAGCUUCAACUGCAACUUUCUGCAGACACUCAACCAGUGCUGGACCGAUCACCAGACGUCGAUGGUGAUGAUUCGCGACAUUUUGAUGUACAUGGACAGAGUCUACGUGCAGCAAAACGACGUGGACAAUGUAUACAAUCUCGGAUUGAUCAUCUUUCGCGAUCAGGUUGUUCGCUUUCCACGGAUUCGCGAUCAUAUGCGCGAAACGCUGCUCAAUAUGGUGAUGUGUGAGCGCAAGGGUGAAGCGAUCGAUCACAUUGCGAUCAAAAACGCGUGCCAGAUGCUGAUGGUGCUCGGCAUCAAUCAGCGCUGGGUGUACGAGGAGGACUUUGAGCGUCCUUUCUUGACGCAAUCGGCCGCGUUCUACAAACUCGAGUCGCAGAAGUUCCUCGCCGAAAACAGUGCCAGCGUGUACAUCCGGCGGGUCGAGGCACGCAUCACUGAGGAAGCGGAGCGGGCUAAACUGUACCUGGACGAGAGCACCGAGAGCCGCAUCGUGGAGGUGGUCGAGGAUGAGCUGAUUAAAAAGCAUAUGCGCACGAUUGUCGAAAUGGAGAACUCUGGCGUGGUGUACAUGUUGCAGAACACGAAAACGGAAGAUCUUGCCUGCAUGCACAAACUGUUUUCACGCGUUGGCGGUGGGCUGAAAACGAUCGCCGACUGUGUGUCGCAAAACUUGCGAUCGUUGGGCCGCAACUUGGUGAAAGAGGAAGAAAAUGGAAGCACGAACCCGAUCACUUUCGUGCAGAAUCUGCUCGAUCUCAAGGAUCGUUCCGAUCACUUCCUAAUCCACUCGUUCAACAACGACAAAACGUUCAAGAACAUGAUAUCGUCCGACUUUGAACACUUCCUUAAUCUCAACAGCAAAUCGCCGGAGUAUUUGUCCCUGUUUAUCGACGACAAGUUGAAGAAGGGCUGUAAGGGAAUGUCGGAACAGGAAAUUGAAACAAUAUUGGACAAAACGAUGGUAUUAUUCAGAUAUUUGCAAGAGAAGGAUGUGUUCGAGCGUUACUACAAGGCACAUCUUGCGAAGCGGCUGCUCCUGAACAAAUCGGUCAGCGACGACUCUGAGAAGAACAUGAUAUCAAAAUUAAAGACUGAAUGUGGUUGUCAAUUUACCUCAAAAUUGGAAGGAAUGUUCAAGGACAUGUCCGUCUCGAACACAGUCAUGGAUGAGUUUAAAAAUCACAUCAGCAAUGACUGCUCCGCCCUUGAGGGUGUCGAACUGUCCGUGCGGAUUUUAACAACCGGCUUCUGGCCAACGCAGUCGGUUACGCCGAACUGCAACAUCCCGCUAGCACCACGCAAAGCCUUCGAAACGUUUAAGCGAUUCUAUCUGGCCAAGCAUUCAGGUCGACAGCUUACGCUACAGCCACAGCUGGGUACGGUUUAUAUGAAUGCCGAGUUUUACGGCGUUAAGGUGGAGAAGGAGAAGGGCGACGGAAGUUGUAGUAGUUCCGCACCAUCGGGCAGUAGUAGCAGUCCACCAGCCACGACAUCCGGAUCGCAGGAUGCACCCAAACGGCACGUGCUUCAGCUAUCAACGUAUCAGAUGUGUGUGCUGAUGUUGUUCAACACCCGCGAAAGGAUGACAUACGAAGACAUCCAGCAGGAAACGGACAUCCCUAGUAAAGAUCUUAUCCGCGCUCUGCAGUCACUGUCGAUGGGCAAGCAGCAGCAACGGCUACUCGUACGAACACCGAAAACAUCGAAGGAAAUCGUCUCUACCGACGAAUUUUACGUGAACGAUGCAUUCGUUUCGAAAUUCCACAAGGUAAAAAUUCAAACGGUCGCCGCCAAGGGAGAAUCGGAACCGGAGCGUAAAGAGACGCGAAGCAAGGUCGACGAGGACCGAAAACAUGAAAUAGAAGCCGCCAUAGUGCGCAUAAUGAAAGCUCGAAAGAAGAUGUCUCAUAACCUUCUUGUGUCCGAUGUUACGACACAGCUGAAGAGUCGAUUCCUGCCGUCACCGGUGAUUAUCAAAAAGAGAAUAGAAGGCCUGAUCGAGCGCGAAUAUCUCGCCCGCACUCCGGAAGAUAGAAAAAUCUACGUGUAUUUAGCUUAAACUGCUUUACGCGCCAAAUAUUGUUCCAACACCAGUAAGUGAGUGUUCUUGUGCAAACAUCAUGUUGUGUGUGUGGCCAAACUCUUAAACGGAACUCGAUUGUAUGAAAUGAGAGACAGAGUGACGGGGUGGUGAAGGUUAGUAGGUGUUUAGUGUUGUUGCAAAUUGCAAUAAAUAGACAGCAGCGCGCAUAUGAGCGUGCAACUGUUUUCGUCACACCCAAACCAGACAGCCGCGUCGUGCUGCAAGCCGGAGCAACGUGAAAUUGUCUUUUAAACGGAUGGAUCUAAGGGGUGGGAUAGCAACUAACACAAAAGCGGCGAACUAGCGCUCGAGAGUAUUUGGCCAAACGUGACAAACUUGUUCGGCGUCAGACAAAUAAGUGUAGAGACGAAUAAUUAAAGAAACAAGUAUAACACUAAAGUAGUUAAUAUGCGGAGGGCGAGGAAUGUUUUUCAUGCACUGAAAACAGUUUAACAUCAUCUGAAAGAGGGACGUCGCUGGUGGACAUUGAAUUGCGCCACGUCCGCGUCUGCCAAGAGCCUAGGGGCCGUUUCUAAUGUCUGAUGCUGGUAACAGAUCGACAUGCAGUGUUCAAUAGUACUAUCGAUAGCAUAGCGUUUUGGACAGAACAAAGUUAACGGAACGAAGGCGAACAGAUUGGUUCGGAAAAAUACGAUUGGAAAAUAUCUACUUUAAAACUCAAGAAAGAGAGAGAGAGCACAUCAGUGACGCAGUUAACUUUAUGCCGGAAGCGCGAAGACCUCCUAAACCCCUAAUCACCAGGCUACUAGCGAUGAUUGUGUUGCUGAGAAGCAGAGCAUAACCAUUAUAGUUCUUCUUUAUAUCCAAGUUGGCGUUGUUAGGAAUACUCCAAACUGCUUCAGAAGAGUGCUGCGCGAAUUUUUUCGCUAAGUAAUUUCGUUUACACAGGACGAGAUGACGCAAGGGUGUCGUUGGCGGGAAUGUUUGUCGAUGGGACUGUGAAUGAGUAAGUUCGUUUACAUCGUGCCGUUUUGUUUGGUUUUAACUACAGCAUUGUGUGACUCACGCAGCAGUCACAUGGAAAUGCGCAAUAAAAUGUAAAAAUGGAAAAGAAAGAAUGAGAAUUAGCAAGAAAAGAAGAGACAGAAGUUAACUACAUAGAGUUAGACAGAUAAAGGAAAGUUUUUCGGACUUUCCUACAUCUGUGAUCGACUGUCUACAUAUGUCGUGUUUUUUACCUCCAUAUCUAUUACACUAACGUUUCUUGAAGGUUUGAGCAAAAUCUGAUCCAAAAGAUAUUUCGAUAGAUAUUAUGAUUUCCCAGAUAACUGUAUUACCGCACCGGAUUGCUUUCGCAGAUACUUUGAUCAAUGACUGUACAAAUCACGAUUCUUGUUUUUUUAAAUUCCAUAUUAACAUAAGAAAGCAACCAUUUCCUCUGUGCUUUCACGUUCUCUACGGCUGAAGGUUGAGCACCUGUGGAUUAUGUCCGUUUCGUUCUAGGUGUGUUGUUGUCGUUUCUGGACUUAUUUUGUUCCAUUCCCCUUCUGUUUGAACAUUCGAACUGCUGCUAUGAAUGAUCUAUUGAUAGCUUUUUUAAAUGGUUUCACAAAUAUGUAUUGUGGUUUUUGUUGGGUUUUCAUAUUGCCCUUUGCGUUGGUUAAACUCUCAGUUCGAUAGGCAACACGAAUAGUGCUAGAACAUGUAACAAGCAAUAGCUGACAACAUAAGUGAAGAACGAAAGACAAGCCACGGUGUGCAUUCUUUGGUUCGCAUGUGCAUAGGAAAUACCGUUGAAAGGUACUAAGAAAUGGGUUUUUUACGAAUCGGUCUUGACACGGUGUGUGAUUUAAAGACGACGGAAAUUUAGAUGUUUUAAUGCUACUACUUUGAUUCAUGCUCCUCGUUCUUGUUAGAUCCAUUAUCAACACUCCUGACGACCCGACAAGAAAGAUCUGUUUUUUCCUUCUUUACGUUAUGUUCCGACCUCCCCGUCUUGUAGAGAAAGAGAUUCCGGAAAAUUCAUGAGCAACACUAAGGUAAUCGAAAUGCAACAGUCCUGCUCCGAAGUUGAACUGCUAAUUGUACUAUGUAAUGUAAACGGAAGGAAGGAAUAUAAAUUAAAUAAUAAUUUACCGUUAAGGAAACGAAUGGCAGAAAAAUGGCGGGCCCGAGUUGAAUGCAAAAAGGACACAAAUAACUUGGAAACAGAUUAAAAUUUUCCGAUACAGUUGCUACGCGCCGAACGGAGUGCGCAAUAAAGCUGACUAUUUGGAAACGCGCAAGGUGAUGAGAAAAUGAUAAUAAAAAACAACAAGCGAAAA